AUGCACCUUUGAUCAAUAAAUUUUAGACAAAUGUGGUUUUUGAGUCCAAAGAUCAGGGCUGGGUUGACCUGCAGACUGGAUACAGGGUGUAUACAGGGGCAAGGCACAGGCUGAUAGCAGAGCAAUCACCACCAAGACUGAAAUAAGUGCAAGGGCUCUGCCGACGGCUUCCUGAGGUGCCAGGGAAAUGAGGAUGGAGGAUGGAAUGAAUGCUCUCCAUGACUUUGGGAUCCAGUCAACACACUACCUGCAGGUGAAGUACCAAGACUCCCAGGACUGGUUCAUCUUGGUGUCUGUAAUUGCAGACCUCAGGAAUGCCUUCUACGUCCUCUUCCCCAUCUGGUUCCAUCUUCGAGAAGCUGUGGGCAUCAAACUCCUCUGGGUAGCUGUGAUCGGAGACUGGCUCAACCUCGUCUUUAAGUGGAUUCUCUUCGGACAGCGCCCAUACUGGUGGGUCCUGGACACAGACUACUACAGCAAUACUUCUGUGCCGCUGAUAAAGCAGUUCCCUGUCACCUGUGAGACUGGACCAGGGAGCCCCUCCGGCCAUGCCAUGGGUGCAGCAGGUGUAUACUACGUGAUGGUCACAUCCACCCUCUCUAUCUUUCGGGGAAAGAAAAGGCCGACCUACAGAUUUCGGUGUUUGAACAUCAUUUUGUGGUUGGGAUUCUGGGCUGUGCAGCUGAACGUCUGUCUGUCACGAAUCUACCUUGCUGCUCACUUUCCCCACCAGGUCGUUGCUGGAGUCUUGUCAGGCAUUGCCGUGGCUGAGACUUUCCGCCAUAUCCAGGGCAUCUACAACGCCAGUCUCAAGAAAUAUUUUCUCGUCACCUUCUUCCUGUUCAGCUUUGCCAUUGGCUUUUACCUGCUGCUGAAGGGGCUGGGUGUAGACCUCCUGUGGACUCUGGAAAAGGCCAAGAGGUGCUGUCAGCGGCCAGAAUGGAUCCACAUUGACACCACGCCCUUUGCCAGCCUCCUCAAGAACGUGGGGACCCUCUUUGGCCUGGGGCUGGCGCUCAACUCUAGCAUGUACCAGGAGAGCUGCAAGGGCAAACUCAACAGGUGGCUCCCAUUCCGCCUCAGCUGCAUCGUGGCCUCCCUUGUCCUCCUGCACCUCUUUGACUCCUUAAAACCCCCGUCGCAAAUCGAGCUGAUCUUCUACGUCCUGUCCUUCUGCAAGAGUGCGGCAGUGCCCCUGGCAUCUGUUAGUGUCAUCCCCUACUGCCUUGCUCGGGUCCUGGGCCAGCCGCACAAGAAGUCUUUGUAAGGGAUGUGGAGUCUUCAGUAUUUGAAGUCCAUGGCUGUGCCGGGGUUGAGGGGGACUAGGGUCUUCUGCCAGCCCAUUUUGAGGCCAGAGGUGCUAACGUCAGCUCAGGGGAUCCCCUUCUACAAUCCUAAUCACAUUGGGUGAUGUUUCUGAAAAGCCAGCGCAGCUAUUUGAGAAAGCCUUGACUGUUAGAAGUGGGGUCAUUCUGGGUUUUUCCUUGAAUUUCCUACUUGUGCUCAUUGUUACCAAGAAAAGGAGAGAGAAGCAGUAUAUUUGAUAGGGAAAGAAGGACGGAUGAAGGUGGAGUUUUCAGUAUGCUGCAUAUCAUGCAGACUAUGUGCCAUGCAAUGUCUAAACGGCUUCAAUUAUAUGCCAAGGCACUCUCAAUCACGGGGGACCAAACUAAAGUAUAAUUAACAAGUGGUUAAUGGGGUAAUUCUGCUUCUCAUAUUUUUCUACUGUACAUACAUGUAUGUAAUACAUUCAUCGUUGUGUUUACUUGGAUUUCUGAAUGGCUGCAGUGACCUACACAUAGUACCAGGUCAGACUAUUCAGGCAUAGUGGACUUCUCCUCUAUCACAUUACAUCUUCCUCCUCAUGAGCCCAGCUCUGCUUUCUCUGCUUUCCCCAGAAUUUUCCACAUCCACCCUGCUGUAUCUUCAGAUGGCUAACGGGCAACCCUGUGGGGAUACUUUUUGUACGUUGCAGUUAAACUCCGAAAUCUUGGACAAAAUAGCAAGGCGAGGGCCAGGAUUCCUCUCUCCAGAAGGUCACUCCAAUGUUACUUUUGAUUCCUGGAGGGUAAAUAUGACUCCUUUCUCUAUCCCAAGCCAAUCCAGCCACAUUCAUAGAGGAAAAGCCAGUUCCUCCUUGCCUAUUCUCCAAUCUCAACUGAUUUGCAGAAUAUGCCCUUAAAAAAAAAAUCUGAAGACUAUUUAUUUGAAAGACCUUGUGUUUCUUACUAAUUAUAUAGUAUACCAUACAUAUAUUAUCAUUCACACCAACCAUCCUGCUCAUAACAUCUUUGAAAAGAAAAAUAUAUAUGUGCAGUAUUUUAUUAAAACAUUUUAUUUAA